AUGGCCAAACCCUUUGUUAGACUACAGAGAUUUCUCCGGCGGACACCCAUACUUUUUGUUUUCCUCAUUGUGGCCUACCUGAUGGCUGGCAGCCUGCUGCUACUGCAGCGGUCAGGGUUUUCCAUACAACUGGGCCCGCGUGGUGUCUCCAGCAGCCAGGCAGUGCCAGCUUCUGCCACAACUGUCCUAGACAAAGCUAUGCCUGAUCCUGAAACAGUAUACAGCAUGAAGUACAAGUCCAAAAUGCCAGUAAGUGUGCGGGUGUGGGAUGAGCCAGUGCUGAAUCGGAAAUUUGGACCGCGUUGGCUGAUAUCAGGACAUCCUGAAAUUGGCCAUUUGAGAAGGAGGUGGUUUAGCAGCUUUGUGAAGGAACAAGAGCCAAGGCAAAGACUGGAGAUUGGAACAGUCAAGAAAACAAUUGGAAGCAAAGCAACGCACAUUGGAUGUUUCAGAGAUGAAUCGAAGGAGAAGGCUUUGAAAGGAGCAGUGUUUUAUGACUUUCGGAAAAUGACUGUUUCACAAUGUCAAGACAGUUGUGCUGAAAGAGGUUACCUGUAUGCUGGUCUGGAAUAUGGUGCAGAAUGUUACUGUGGAAAUCGAGUUACUUCAACCAAUGCAAGGCAAGAGGAUUGCAACAUGGAGUGUAAAGGGGAGAAGCACACAGUCUGUGGUGGAGUGAAUAGACUGUCAGUGUACAAAGUUGAGGACCUCCGACCAAGCAACAAAAGAUAUAGGAAUGUUCUCUAUCGAGGAUGUUUCAAGAGACCCAGGAAUCUAACUGCAACCUUCCCCGUCUACUCAAUCCAGCCUAACCUGACUGUCGCUAAAUGCACUGAAUUCUGCACUAAAAAGGAGUUUCCCCUCGUUGUCAUCAGGAGGACAGAAUGUUACUGUGGAUUUGCCACAACUCACUUCACACUUCAUGACAUUGCGAACGACCAACUCUGCGGAAAGCUGUCAACUGACACUACAACAGAGUUCUUGGGAGAUGAAAAUUAUUGUGUUAUCUAUCAGACUCCUGUUCAAGACACCAGAUGUACAGAUAGGAAGUUCCUGCCUACAAAAACCAAGGUAAUGGUUGCUCUCUCCAGCUUUCCAGGUGCUGGAAAUACAUGGGCAAGGCACUUGAUAGAACACGCCACCGGAUUCUACACUGGAAGCUACUAUUUUGAUGGGACCCUUUAUAACAAGGGUUUCAAAGGGGAAAAGGACUACUGGAAAAGUGGCCGGACUAUCUGUAUAAAAACUCAUGAGAGUGGGAAAAGAGAAAUAGAAACCUUUGAUGCAGCCAUCUUGUUGGUCAGGAACCCUUACAAGGCUUUGAUGGCAGAGUUUAAUAGAAAGCGUGCUGGUCAUCUGGGAUAUGCAUCGGAACGCCACUGGAAGAGCAAAGAAUGGCCAGAAUUUGUCAACACUUAUGCCUCCUGGUGGGCCUCCCAUACUUUGGAUUGGUUGAAAUAUUGUAAUCGAGUACUGGUGGUUCACUAUGAAGACUUGAAGAGAAAUCUCUUGCUUCAGCUGAAGCGCAUGGUGGAAUUCCUGAAUGUCACUGUGUCCGAUGACAGACUGCUGUGUGUCGAAACUCAAAAGGACGGAAACUUCAAACGAUCUGGUCUGAGGCAGAAAGAUUUUGAUCCAUUUACACUUGAAAUGAAAAGUGUAAUUAAUAGUUAUAUAGAGAUGGUGGAUCAGGCUCUCAAAGUGAAAAAUCUCACAGGACUACCUGAGGAGUAUCUGCCCAGAUGA